CCAUGGGGCGAUCAAGUGCUUAGCAUAUCGAACAAUACACCUAUGAUGCAUUUGACUUGCCUGGAAUGCGGCAUCAACAAAAACAAUAGUGAAGAUAUGGAGGUCCACUUGAAACGAGAGCAUCUGAACUGGUUGCCAUUCCAAUGCCCCAUCUGUUUAUCGGAAAGGGCAUCUGAUGCAGAGAUGAGGGAACAUCUACAUUCUUCACAUCGAAAAAAUAUGAACAAGUUCAUCUAUGUGGAUAACGUGACUGCAAAGCGAUCACUGCAAAUUAUGAUGGAUCGCGCAUUAUCACAUGCGAUGGCGAGACGAGCAAAUAAUCAUCACGGAAGCGGGAGAAUGUCGUCGUCGUCGACGAUAUCGCCACCAGCUGCUGCAGCCGUCAAUCACUUCGCUGCGGCAAUCAAAGCACAUGAAGUGAAACCACCCUGUCUUGACCGUUCUCAUACCUCUCCUGCCGAUGUAUCUUUCCCUAUCGGCACUAGCUCACGUAAGCGACAUAUCGAUGAUGCGCUUGCGUCAACUGGCAACACAAACACUGAUGCUCUUUUGGCUAGUAUUAGUCGAGCAACAAACUCAGGAGUUGUUGAAGGAGAGGGUGAGUCCUUCCGCUAUAUGUUGGUCACUGUAGGGUUUUCCUUUUUUCACAAUUUUUCGAGGUUUUAG